AUGGCUACUCAGUUGUCGCAAGCUCAAGCGGCGGUUCGUCAGACCGGCCACGUCUACGCGAUGACCAAUCCACGUCCUACUCCGCAUUCCGUGCGCCCCCGUCAGCGGUGCGAUCGGUGCGAUGUUGUCGAUGCUCAGAAUGUGCAGCUCCUGGGGGUCCUCGACGAGCUCAGCGUGUUCAGCCCCCUCUGCGCCUACACGACAGCUGGCGCCGAUCCCGCUUCCUCAAACUCCACUCGAUGCACUCGGUGUGAGAUGCUUGAUGCUCAGAACGGGCAACUCAAGGAGGCCCUCAACGAGCUAAACACCCUUCGUGCGGAAAUCGAGCUCUUGAGGCAUUGUAACAGAACUAUGAAGCAGCAGCUCGAAAGGCGCCAAUUGCUAUUCAUGCAUGAACAAGUCAAGGAGCUCAGCGAGCUCAGCGUCUUAGUUACCAGUAUCAAUCAGUUCGCGGCCGAUAUGUAG